CUUACUCAUGGCUAACAAAAUGAGUUCAAACAUCACUACUGCCCCCAGUGCCGCUGCUCUGACUACUGCCAAGCCUGGCUUCGUCGAUGACAUUAUUAACAAAAUACCUCUACCCAAAUGGGCUCUCAUCGUCAUUGCAAUUGCGGCAGGCCUUCUCCUCAUCCUCUUCCUCAUCUGCAUCAUCAAGUGCUGCUGUUGCAAGAAGAAGCACAAGAAGAAGGAGAAACUCAACUUGCAAAACAUCAAUGGCUCCACCACUGCCAGCCUGGUCCAGCCAGAUAUGGAAGAUUUGGAGUCUGGACUCGAGAAUGAGAAGCGAGGAAGGCUGCAGUAUUCCCUGGAGUAUAACUUUCGUAGCCAGGAGAUGAAAGUUGGAGUGAAGCAGGCAGCAGAUUUAAAGGCCAUGGACAGUGGGGGGACCUCUGACCCAUACGUUAUUGUCUACUUAACAUCUGAUAUGAGGAAGAAGUAUGAAAGCAAGGUUUACCGGAAGACUCUGAACCCUGUCUUCAAUGAGACCUUCACCUUCCAGAUUCCCCAGGCGGAGAUGUCUGAGUCCACCCUGGUGAUGCAGAUCUACGACUUCAACCGCUUUGCCAAACACAACAUCAUCGGCGAGGUCCGGCUGCCUCUGGGCGACUUUGAUCUGCAGCACGUGAUUGAACAGUGGCAAGAGCUCACCGCUGCCAGUAAGAGGGAGCAAGAGCGCCUUGGGGAGAUCUGUUUUUCACUCCGAUACAUCCCCAGCACCAGUAAGCUCACAGUGGUGAUCUUGGAAGCCAAGAAGCUCAAGAGGAUGGACUCAAGUGGAUUAUCAGACCCCUUUGUCAAAGUGCAGCUUAUCUUGAACAAGAAGAAAUGGAAGAAGAAGAAGACAGGUGUGAAGAAGAGCACUUUAAGCCCCUACUUCAAUGAGGCGUUUAAUUUUGAGGUGCCUUUCAACCAGAUCCAGAACAUCGACUUGGUGAUUUCGGUCUGGGAUCACGACAAGGUGACCAAGAACCAACAGAUCGGCAAGGUGUUCCUGGGCUGCAGAGCCACGGGCAACCAGCUGCGCCACUGGUCAGACAUGCUGGCCAAUCCCCGCCGACCCAUCGCCCAGUGGCACAGCCUGCAGCUGGUAGAAGAAGUGGACAAUGCCCUGGGGCUGAAAUCCCACUUCAAGCUGCCUUUGCCUGGCAAAUAAAGGGAGGCUUCUAUCUCUCUCUCUCCACUCGGGAGCAUAAGGAACCUGAGACAAUGGGCAUGCUUGGAUGGAUGGUCUGGAGUGCCAAGGAAAGGCAAGAAGAGCCCGGGCUGGGAGAGUUGGGGGGAUUUUGCUAUGAAGAAUCUGUAUUGAUUAGCAUACAAUCUGUAUCGAUUGUAGCCAAAAUAUAAGUGAGUAAGAACCAAGUUCCCCAGGCCAUGUUGGGAGCUGGUCACUCAUGCAUAUGGCACCUUAGGCUAAUGACAAGAGCUUUGAGAGCACCCGAACCUACAAUCCAUCCCCAGCGUAACUAUCCUCUGUUUUGAGCCAGUGGAGGGGACUGUGUGGAACAUGUCUCUGUGCUAAAUUUUGGGGUUGGGAGUUGACGCAGAGACAAUUAUACCCAAGGCAGGGUGGGUGGGGAUCUGGAAAGAGCCUGGCCUCGGGUGAGGAGGGGAAUACUGGAGAUGUACGGACACAUGGAGUGGGUUAUUUCCACCAUGUCUAGGAGAGAGAAAUACAUGCGACUGAAAAUAAUGCAAUAACGACACUUCCUUUGACACAAACCUGCACAAUAACAACACCACAGUUCAAUGGACUGCCAUGGAUGGAUGGGCUGCUUCUUACUGGAAGGACCCAGGUGGGAUGAUCAUCCAGAAUCAUAUU